AUGGAGCCAGCAUCAAUGGCACUGGCGGUGGUUGGGACUUUGGAUCUUUGCAUCAGCUACGGCAAUAAACUUGUGAAAUUUUGUCACGAGCAGCGCAGCCUAGAGUAUGACAUUGGGGAGAUCGCAUUAAACAUAGAAGGAGUUUGGCUCAAGACGAAAGUUCAACUCACCUCACUGGAACGCUUGUGGGGCUCUCUAGCCCCCGCUCUACAGAUUCACUAUGCCGAUGCUGUCCAGCGACUUCAUAUCAAAAUUUCAGGGGCUGUCGAUGGUUUCGCAAGUGUUUACCUCCGCAACAAAUUCGCGAAAUCGGUUCCGCAGAAAGCGAAGAUCGUGUACUUGAAAAGGCACCUGCAGCAGGUGGUGAAAGACCUUGAAGACUGGCAACAGCGCUUUGAUCCCUCCUGGUAUCUCAUCACUCGCCUCGCUGAGCCUAAAGUGGACCGAGAAUUAGAGAACCCAGCAGCGCGGCAAAAUCCCUCCGCAACGAGACUCUUUGAAAUGAGAGGUGCCAUACAGCAGUCUUUAUCAAAACGAAAUGAAUGCUCAGGCUCCGUUUUCGUCAGUCUGGGUAUGAUUGAGACAAAUCCCGAGAGAAUUCCUGGAACAAACGAUUAUCUAUCGCGGUACUCCACUGGCGCUCGGCGGGUUCUCUUAAGUAGCACAACUUUUGCGGGAACUGCAAUAGCGGCAAGAAAAUCCAAUGUCCGAGAUCUGGCGCGACUCCUGCGUCAUGUCGAUUCGAUGUCAUUUGGUCUUCUGAGAUGCGAGGGUGUCUUAGAAAGACACACCGACCUGGAUACCCAGUUCCAGUUUAUUUUUGAAAUACCUGAAGGUCUAGAUUCACCAAAGACCAUACGGACCCUUCUUACAGAGAAGCCGGAAUGCUCAUUGAGCAAGCGUGUCCAACUUGCGAAGCAACUUACUCGAUCAGUCAUGUUCGUCCAUACAACCGGAUUCGUUCAUAAAGGCAUUCGACCCGAGACUAUUGUUGUCUUUUCUCAAAAUGGCCAGGACAUGGGGCCAUCAUUUUUGAUCGGAUUCGAGCAAGUUCGACGCGCGGAGGCUCAAACAAGUUUCUUGGGUGACUUGCAAUGGGAACGAAAUCUCUAUCGCCAUCCCGUCCGCCAAGGACUAUGGUCUGAAGAAGCGUUUACGAUGCAGCAUGACAUAUACAGCCUUGGUGUGUGUUUGCUUGAAAUUGCACUCUGGCGCUCUUUUGUGGAGCUGGAGGGCGACGCCGCCACUCCUUGGUCGGAUCUAAGAAUAGGAACCGCUAUCUGUGAGAAAGAUGCUCGUCGAGGAGGAUUCGCAAUCAAGAAGCAGCUUACUAUGCUAGCAAAAGCUCGACUACCUGCCUUGGUAGGAGACCGGUACACCGAUAUAGUUCUUGCUUGUUUGGGCUGUCUUGAUAAGAAUGAAGAUAAUGUGUUUGACAUGCAAGGCAUCGAUACCAGAGACGAAGAUGGCAUCAUAAUAGGGGUUCGCUAUAUUGAGAAUGUACUUUUGAAGAUCGAAGAGUUGCUCGUGUAA